ACAGCAAUGGCUCGUACCAAGCAAACCGCUCGUAAGUCUACCGGAGGAAAAGCUCCUCGCAAACAGCUGGCCACUAAGGCUGCUCGUAAGAGUGCUCCAGCCACCGGAGGAGUCAAGAAGCCUCAUCGCUAUCGGCCAGGAACCGUUGCCCUACGUGAAAUCCGUCGUUACCAGAAAUCCACCGAGCUUCUGAUCCGCAAGUUGCCCUUCCAGCGACUGGUUCGUGAAAUCGCUCAGGAUUUCAAGACCGAUCUGCGUUUCCAGAGCUCGGCCGUCAUGGCUCUGCAGGAAGCUAGCGAGGCCUAUCUGGUUGGACUGUUCGAGGACACCAAUCUGUGUGCCAUCCAUGCCAAGCGUGUCACCAUCAUGCCAAAGGAUAUUCAGCUGGCUCGUCGUAUCAGAGGAGAACGUGCUUAAGCGAUAUCGUUGUACCUGUUUUGCAUCAACCUAUACCAAACGGUCCUUUUCAGGACCAACAAGUCAUUUUCAAGGAGGUAGUCGUGACAAAAAAGGGGUUGAACAGGAAGAUUAAACAGAAUAAGAAUGCUACUUUCAAAACCGAACUCUAGAAGUUUCCAAGAACAGACGUCGAUUCUGGGUUUAGUGUUGUGAAAUAGAUUGUACUAAUCUCCUGAUACU